CAAGGCUGGCUUGCUGGGAAAGCAGUUGGAUAUUGUAUCAAUUGCAAUAUUUUUGGGCAAGAGUAUGAAGAAAAAUUAGAAAAUAACAAGAAAAGUGAGCAAACAAAUGCCGGUGAUAGUUCUACAAUCCCACAGAAUGAGGAUGAUGGUGAAGAAAAUUGCACAAGAUUUAUUGGUACCAAGAGAAAAAAAGGAAAGGCUGGAAGAAAAGCAGUGUGGAGUACUGAUGCUGUGGAUGACUUAGUGGAUAUCAUUACAUCUGAUGACUACAAUAAACAAAAGUUGAUAUUUACUAACACAAAAAAUCAAAAUAAUGGCAUUAUUUAUGAAAAGGUAUUAACUGAGCUAAAAAAAAGAGCAAAUGCAAGAGGAGAAGAGAUUACAUUCACUGUUCAACAGUUGAGGACAAAAUUUAAACGUUGUGUCAGCGAUUGUAAACAAGCUGCCAUGAAAAUAAAAACUGCCACUGGAAUCCAACGCUUCCAAGAUGAAAAAGGAUUUGGAAAAUGGUUUGACUUGCUUUUUCCACUUGUGAAAACACGUGACUCAUGUCAACCCGGUAUGGCAGUUGAACCUUCUGCACUUAAUGAUCUUAGUGAAGAGGAAGAGAUUGCAAAAACCUUUGAUGACUUUGUUCCUCAAAAGAAAAUAAAGCUCCCAAAGAAAAAUCAAGUAACUGAAGCUGUUGAAUUGCUUAAGCAAAUUGUUGAAAAAGAUCCAGCAAAGGAGCUAAUUACAUUUAUGCAAGAAGAAGCAGACAAGGCAAGAAAGCAUGAGCUUCAGUUGGUGGAAUUAAUGUUAAAACAUACUUCUACACCAACUAACAGUAACCAGGUUAAUCUUGUUCCACCACAUGAUAUCUCAGGUAUGAGUUUUGGUUCUGUCCAUGGAGGACCACAUCAAAAUUGGAGUAGCCCUCAGCAAUAUUUUAGUAAUCAAAGUACUGAGAGUCCUAUGUAUAACAUGCCAACCAUUGGCCAACCCUCAAGCUUUGUAUAUCAUCCUGGAAAUGGGUUCAGUCCACCAAGUGUGACCAAGUAGGCUAAGUAUUGUACAAUAGGGAUUUAGAAUUGUUGCUGUUUUGUUUCCAAAUGUACAAUCUUUAAAAAUAACUGUAAGAAAUAUUAUAAUAGAUGACAGAAGGAAGAAUUGGACAAACAUUUAGAUUUUGUUUGCAGCAGAGGUAGUUAAGCCAAUGUGCAUGUAAUAUGUGAAGGCACUAGCUCUGAUGAAAACAUUUGUAUUCAAGAGUUCCCAUAUGGAAAAUCUAGACUAUAUUGAAUUACAGUCUAUGACAAACCAGAACAAUAUUUUUUGAACAUAAAUAUUUAUUAUUAACAUUUUGCAUUUUUUGGUAAAAAGAACAGAUUAAUACAAACAUUUUACUAGGGUUUUUGCCCAAGUCAAUACUGAUGCAUA